CAUCCGGAACUGAAAUUUCUUUCUCCUCCGAAAAGUCCAGACCCUUGCGUUACUGUGUCUCAGGUCCCCCACCAACAUCAAACGUUUCCAACAUACUUCGCCGCCAUGUCAGUGAUGUCGGUUAUUGUGCGAGUAUCACUGCUGCUGUUGUUGUGCAAUGUGGUUGUUAUCGCUUCAUCUGAUGUUAAUCAGACGACAGAGCAAGAAAAACCUUUGACCUCAGAAGAGGAGACACGGAGGUGCGUCGCCUGGAGGCAGAGAUGGAGAUACUGCGGCGGAGUGUGACUGAGCUGAAAGCUGCAGGGCCGUGUGCAAAACAGCAAAGCUCGCUAGAAGCAGACGCCUUAAGUGUGGCGCAGGAAGUUCGUGGUUUACGUCACCACGUGCAGUCGUUGAGGAUGUACUCAGAGUUAUCUGCCAUCCGCACGGAAGUACGCUCGCUGAGGUCAAAGCUCCCCGGUGACGUCACUGAGGAGUUCAAAUUGUUAACAGGUGUUCCCGUCGCGGACGAGAGACCAGAGGACGGUAUUCGUUCAUCAGCUGCGCCAGGUUCUGUCUACACCCGCUGGGGUAAUGACCAGUGUCCGUCUGACGCUCACCUUGUGUAUUCAGGUGUAAUUGGCGGAUCUCAUCUAACGCACGAAGGAGCGGCGUCCAACGCCCUGUGUCUUCCUCUCAACCCUGUCUUCGAGGACUACGUCCUGCCGGGAGCACACACCCAUGUCUACGGAGCAGAAUACGAGGUCAGCCCUUUACCUUCACAUGACCUUGAACCCAAAUGUUCUGUGUGUCACAUUGCACGUGCUGCGACCGUCAUGGUGCCAGCUACCAACUCCUGCCACACCGGGUGGACAAUGGAAUAUUCGGGUAUUCUCAUGGCCGGACAUCAUACACACAAAGCAGCAACCGAGUUCGUUUGCAUGGACGCUGCGCUGGAGGGUAUGAUCGGCACCAAGGACACCCGAGACGGGAAGGUCUUCUACUUCGCAGUCUCUGCGUGUGGCAGUCUGCCCUGUCCUCCGUAUGUAAAUGCCAAAGUACUGAGCUGCGUUGUUUGCUCCAAGUAACUUUUCGGUGAUGCAAGACAAUGCCCUCUAUAAAACAUUUAAGACCAGCAUGUAUGGCUUGUAUAAGAUGCAUCUAUAAACGGAUUCCCAAAAACAAACUCAAGUGUGGCGAUACUUUACAAUCCCACGUUCAUCUUAAAAGAUGUCAGUUACUUUCUGUUAGGGCUUUGAUUCACUGCAAUGUUAUAACAUCAUAGGUGAAACAUUUUUUUCAUAAGAUUCAAGAAAUAUUUGCUUUAUGAGCUAGGUGAACUCUCCACUGAGGAAGUGAGGAAGUUUUUUUGGAAUAGAAGUUGAAAAUUAACUAUUCUCACUUAUUGUGGGUGUAAACCAGAUUGUUCUCUUGAUACAGUUAUUAAAAUAUGUUGACACAUUCAAGCUUACAACCGACAGUUCUGGUGAGGAAUGGAGUGUCUGGCCAAACGCUUG